UCGAGAUUAGUCAUCUACAGAUCUAUCUCCAAAAUGAAAACCAUUGUUGUUAUUUUUGUUCUGGUUGUCGUUGUUUCCGCUGCGCCUCAAGAAAUAGUCCUUGUUAAAGAAACUCCUUCUGACAAUGUUGGACUUGGUGGUUAUAAUUAUGGUUUCCAACUUUCCGACGGUCAAAUUAAACAGGAAUCUGCAGAAGUGAUCGAAGGAGGAACUGAUGGUCAAUUCUUACGAGUUCGAGGUACCUUCUCUUUUGUUGAUCCACAAACUAAUGUUGCAUAUACUGUAAAUUAUGUUGCCGAUGACACUGGUUUCCAUCCACAAGGAGAACAUCUUCCAUAAGUUUAAAUUUUUCAAAUAUUUGAUAUAGAAUAUUCAUUAAUUGCUAUAUAAUAUUUUCCAUUGAUUGAAAAUUUGAUUGUUUUAAAUCUUGU